UGUCAUUCCGACCCCUCCCUAUCAAACUACGGUUUUGUCAUUGUCGCCCUACAUCAAUCAAGCUUUUCGAUUUUAGUGAGCAGAUGUGGAAGUAGCCCUGCAUUUUGCCUCAAUUUUUGUAACUCAGUAGCAGUAGCAGUAGCCAUCACAACAUAUGACGAGUAGAGUUUUAUCCUUUGAUAGUGAAUUGCGAGGGUUUAUGUGAGUUUUGUUUGAUUUCCUCGCCCUCCAUAUGCUCCUGGAAGUCAUGGAAGUCUCUUUCUUACUUUUGAGGACCGUGUCGACGACCACACGCGUCUACUCAUGAAACAAAUGGCGCGUGGUACGAGUGCAACACUUUGAGCAAGAUGCUAGUAUAAAUAAAGGCUUCGCAGCACACGACGACCUGCUCCCGGUCCUGCCUCGUGCCUGCUCAUCUGGAAACCAGGCGCAGCCCUCGCGUGGACUAGUAGGAGAAGAUGGCCGACAUAGUGGAGGACGCGCCCUUGUCGGCCGAGCCGCCUUUGGUUAUCGACGAGCGGCCAGCGCAGUUGCAAACCACGGAUGUGCUUCUGAUCAUCCUGGUCUGCACUUUUCUCCUCGCACUGGGCAUCACCCUGUUUUACUACCGGCGGGAGCAAAAUGAGAAGCGGGAAAGGGGGAGCAAAGCCACCGGCGCGGUGGACGAUCUCGACGACGAAUUGCGACAGAGGGCGGCGCAGGUAAAUCAUUCUGCUCGUAAGAACGUAUCUAGUCGUAGCCGCAUUCGGCUCUCUCCCAUCGAAGCGAGAAGUCGACGCAUUCGGCCACUAUGUUCUUUAUCAUUUCUGUUUCAAUGAAAGAGCAGCAUCAAAGUUUUGUUUUGAGCGUUUUCAACGAAAAUUCGUACCCGAUCUAUUCACAGCUGGAAAAAGACGCUCUGCAGUAUCGAACCGAUCUGCACACGAUCGAGACCCACGAGGUCGGGCGGCACCUGGAAACGCAGCUGGCUCUGUCCCAGACCGACCCCACACUGGAAACGGGGGUGUACGGCUUGCAUAUGCACGAAGUCAACCGCAGGCUGGAAUACUUCGGGUUGAACAAAAUAUCGCCGCCGGUCCGGGAAAACAAGUGGGUGCUGCUACUGAGGACGACGUUCCUAACCGGAUUCAAUAUCCUGCUCUGGGCCUGUGUCACGACAGAGGUAGAAAUGUGUUUGAUGUCGACGUGAUGCAACGCAUACUUAGUUUCAUAGCAUAUGCAUACCGCUGUUGCAUGGGAAAAAGAAUGAUAUAUGAUUGUGUUUUACAUUUAGAGAGCACUAACGUGACGAUGAGGAAGAACACCGACCACCCCACCUGACCUACUGAAAGACCCGAUCAUCUUUUCCCUGCUCCUCAGGUUGUCCUGGCGGUGAUGAUUAAGAACCGCGCGCACGGGGGCAGAUUCGAAUUUUGGGAAGAUUUGAUCACGCCCAUCAUCCUCGCCACGGUUAUCGUGGCCUCCUCGCUGAUGCAGUGGUGGAGCGAGCAGCGGGCGGAGUCCAUGCUGGAGUCGCUGUCCGCCAUGCAAACGCAGGAGCGCGUGAAGGUGAUCCGCAUCAGCUCGGACGUCGCAACAAGGAAGGAAAAGCGGUUUGAAACCCGGGUGGACGCGGAGACGCUCGUCCGAGGCGACAUCAUCUCCCUCGGCCCCGGCGACCGCAUCCCCUGUGACUGCCGCAUAAUACACUGCUCCGACGCCGCGGAGGUGGACCAGGCGGCUUUGACGGGCGAGUCCGUCCCGGAACCUCGCGAAACGAAGGCGCAGGACGCGCGCGUGAACUGCAACGAGGCCAAGAACCUGAUCUUUUCCGGCACCUUGCUAUUGAAAGGGAACAUCGUGGCCGCGGUGUUCGCGACGGGGGACAGCACCAUGCUGGGAAAAAUCGCGAAAGGAAUCAACAAGCCGCGGCCGCGCAGCACCUUCGAGAUCGCCAUGGAAAACAUCGUCCACCUGAUCGCGUGGGUGGGGAUUGCGGUGGGUGUUUUGACCGCGAUCGCGGAAAUCUCGAUAGGGAAAUCCGCCGCGGAAGUGCUGGAGUCGUCGGCGUCGUCCCUGUUUGCGCAAAUCCCGGAGGGGUUGAUCCCCACAGCGACGAUAGCAUUGCUGAUCGCGUCCUACCAAAUGGCAGACGUCAAUGUCUUGGUCCGGAAGCUGGAUGCGGUACAACUGCUAUUGCUGUUCUGUUUCGAUGCAGCUUGUGAACGUUUUCUUUUGCCAGUUGAUUGUUGGAACUAAUCCAAUUGAAAUUACCGACCUCCGCACCUACUCUACAACUUGGGUCCUGCGAGCACAAUGUUGACACAUUUAAUUAUGUUUGAGUGCUUCACAUCUUCACAUGCCUAGUAUAAUUCGUAACCAAUAUCCAACUUCUCAGGUCGAGACGCUUGGUUGUUGCAGUGUGGUUUGCAGUGACAAGACGGGCACCUUGACAACGGGCCAGAUGACGGUGACGGAUAUGGUCUCCCCCGACGGCGACGCGUACCGGUUACGCGAUCUACUCUCGCAACGGGGGGAAUCCAAUUCCACCAUGCGGAAACUGGAUAUGGAUGUGUCAGAGUUGAAAUCCACAAAGUUGAAAUAAUUUGCCAUGCAUAAAAUGGAUGCCAGUUGGAACCCAGUUUCUAAGUGGCGCAUGACAAAUUUCGGUGGUCCCUAAAUCCAGUUUGUCAUGCUGUUUAGGCAAAGAAGAGCGAUUUUCGCGUGCUACUUUAGCAGUUCGAGCUGUAGCCCCAAACAGGCUUACAAUCGGCCUCACUUGCCUGCUCUGCAACACACGCGCCGCGGGUCAUGCAUUUUAUGCAUUACAAAUUAUUUCAACUUUGACGAUUUCAAACCUGACGCUUCCAUACUGGAUUCGCUGUGCAAGGGCGGCAUUCUCAACACCUCCGUGACCAUCGACGACCGCGCGACCGCAGCAGACAGUCUGUUCGAUGAACAACCAAUAGAACAAACUACGCAAAACAAGCUAUCACAGUUCCCGAACGAGCAGAUUGGAGGAUCUUCUGCCAGCAAUGCAACCCGCAAGAAUAAUGCGGUUUCCAUGGCGAAUUUUGCCGGCGGCCCGGGCAGUCCGGUCUCUUCCCCGGACACUAUGAAGGACUUGUCCGGCUCGCCCACCGAAGUGGCGGUGUUCCACGCGGCCCGGGAGCUCAUCGGGCGGCACGUGACAGACCAGUACCGGAAAGUGUUUGAAAUUCCGUUCUCCUCGCAGAACAAAUACAUGGUAACCGUACACGAACGACUCUUCAUGAACAGUGCCGGAAACAAUAGCAAAAUCUUUGGCGGAGGUGGUGGGAACAACAACACGUCGACGUCGCCCAGAGACGCGGACUUACUUGGCAUGAACGGGGGCACCGGGGGCGGCGGGACAACGGGCGGAAGUGGGCACAACUACGGCAUCAAUUACGGAGUCGGGUCAAAUCUAAACCAGGAGCAGCUGCAGCAGCAGCCACACCGGAGGAUAACGAUCAAGGGAGCAGCAGACAGGAUCAUCCCGUAUUUGAAAAUGCACCCGCCAAGCGCCAAGUUGCUCACCAUGUGGAAGCGGCUCAUGGGCGAGGGCAAGCGGGUGAUCCUCGUGGCCGAGUGCUAUUUACCCCCAUCUAGUACAACUCCCUCGACCGGGAGUGGUGGCUUUUCAAGUUCACAUCAGCAGCAGAUGAGUGAUCGCGGUCUCGCCGCGCAUUUGGUCGAGAAGCAGAUGGUAAACAAAAAUGGAUCUACUUCGUCCCAAGCAAAGGCUAUCAGCGGCAGCAGUCUGGACGACUUCACGCUGGACGUGUCGCAGCUGCGAUGCGUCGGGCUGUACGGCCUCGAAGACCCGCCGAAGGAGGGCGUGCGCGACGCGGUCUCGCGCGCCCGGGGCGCGGGGGUGCGGGUCGUGAUGGUCACGGGGGAUCAUAAAGACACGGCGGCGGCCAUCGCGAGGGAGCUGGGCAUAUUAGAAGACGACGGCACAGCAGCGGUGAUGGGAGCAGACAGCAAGUCGACAUCCUCGACGACGACGGUCACAGGCGGAGGUGCUGGUCCUCCAUCAUCAAACAUGCUCACUGCGUCGGGAACGAGAAGUAUGAACGCGACAAAUUCCAACCUUUUGGACAGCGGCGUUUCGAGUUCUGUAGGGGGUCUCACGGACGAGCUGCAGUCUGUGGAUUUACUCGGCGGGACCAUGUCCACUAUCGCCUCCAGUGGAAACCUGCAGCAAAGUGGAUACAACACAACUACACAUCAAGCCGCAAGUCAAAAUGGUACCGGACUACCAUCUGCUGCGAUGAUCGGAAAUAGCACACAACUACAUCAAGGUAAUCCCAAUCUUCCUCCCAGCAGCACCGGGGACCAAAAUGUGGACCUGAUCGGGACAAACAGCUCGAACUUCGUGCACAAGCAGAACCCGUCGCUCGAAUGCACAACACUGGAAGUGAUCACCGGCGACCAAGUCGAAGAGCACACGCCCAUGGACGGCGACGAAUUCGGCCCCGACGAACCCGCCCACAUUUUGGACUUCUGGUUCCGCGCGACGCAGGAGUGCUCCGUGUUUGCCCGCGUGUCCCCGAUGCACAAGCAGAUCAUCGUCCGCGCGUACCAACAGUUCGGCGGCGAGGAGAUGUAUCAGAACAGUUACAACGAGGAUUCCGGCGAUGCCAGCAUGGAGAAUAACGUGAUCAAUCACAUCAUCGAGAAGUACGCGAAAAAGGGGUUUUUCACCGUGCGCGAAAAGGUCCGAGUCCACAUCCUCGGCCGCCCGCCGACGCCCAGGAGCGCUCCCAACAGCAAGAACGCCUUCCACUUCGGCCAGCGCAGACGAAAAAAAAUGACCGGCGCGAUCUGCGCGAUGACGGGCGACGGGGUGAACGACGCGCCGGCGCUGAAGCAGGCGGAGGUUGGGAUUGCCAUGGGCAUUCGGGGGACGGAGGUGGCGAAGGACGCAGCGGACAUCAUCUUACUAGAUGAUAACUUCGGGAGCAUAAUCCGCGGGAUAGAACAAGGAAGGAGGUCCGCGGACAACCUGCGAAAGUCGAUUUUGUACACAUUGUGCUCGAAACUCCCGCAAUUUCUCCCCACGUUCAUCCAAAUUCUCUGCUCCGUGCCGGGUCUGAACAUCCUCGUGGUCAUUUUCCUCCCCCCGGUUGUCCGGAAGCUCCCGGGGCCACUUCUCACCGUCCCACAAAUUCUCGCGAUCGACAUUCUGACUGACGUGUGGACCUCGAUCGCCUACGCCUUGCAACCCAGCGAAGACAAUUUGAUGACUAGGUUACCGCGACACCCGAAAACGCAGCCUUUGAUGGACACCGGGCUUUUGACUUAUUCCUACCUCUAUAUGGGCGUGAUGCAGUGCAUCGGGUGCUUCCUCUGCUCGGUGAUCCUGUUCUACCAGCCGCAGAUGGACCAGAUUGAGAAGACGGAAAACGAGGAGCUCGCGACCAGUAUCUACAUGCAGGCGACAACCAGUUACUAUUGGACGCUGGUGGUCGGGCAACUUGCGGCGGCCUACGCAACGACGACGUUCAAGCAGUCUCUGCUGGAAUACGGGAUUCCGAACAAAGUUCUGAAUGUGCUGAUCUUUUUGGAAAUUCUGUCCGGCUUGUGGGUCGUGUUUUCUUCCGCGGGCAAUGUCAUGUUCCAGACGAGACCUAUGCCGUUCUACCUGGUCGCUCUUCCCUUUCUAGUCACCUUUGUCCCAAUAUUAGUGAUCGAAGAGCUGCGGAAGGCGUUGCUGCGGAAAAAGGACAAGGACAUCGAGCUGGCGGAGCGGACCGCGCUCCGAACCACCGGGCAGGGCUUGUACGGCGGCCACCUCCAUGGGGCGACGCCGCGGUCCGGGUCAAAAAGCCGCCGGAGCUGGAACCGGGUGCUGCGAUCGCAGAGUCGGGAAGCCUACCAGCACGCCGCGCGCGGCGGCCAGUUCGGUGGACCCGGGGGCGGAGGUGAUCAGGUAACGAUCGUGCCCGCGGUAAACAUGUGGGAUUUGGAUGUGCGGGCCGGGCUAGAAAACGACUCGGAAGAAGACGACGAGCAAUGGAAAAACCUGAUGGACUCGGUGUAAUUCUUCUUCCUGCAGCUGCGAGUCUCGUCGCGGAUGUGGACGACGAGGAGAUGGACAUCAUGAAGAUCAAUCAUGGAUGUAGGUGCUGGAGAAAAUCAAUGUCCUCUUUACCGGCAAGAAAGAACGAGCAAAUGGACGAAGUCGAAAUCUAGCGACAACAUUCACCUUUCCUUCGUUCUGGCUUCGGAAGAUCAUGAUCUGCUUGUGGGUAAGAACCUAGCCUGAACUACUUUUCAUGACUACCACCACUACGAUUUUUUAAGAGCCGUGUAUGUGGUCAAUGUUAUUUCGCACAUGAUCACAGCUUGUUCCAUUCAUUGUCCACCCCAAAAAAAAGCCAAAACGACGACGGAAAUCAAUGUGGUACUACCCCGGGUGAAGCGACGCUUCAUCUUCAAUCAUUGACAUAUCCUCUCGAGCUUAUCAAAUAAAAAACCUCGAAUCACGAGGUUUUACCACACUAUUUUAUCCCCACCUUUCGCGGCGCCCCCCAGCGUCUCCGUGGUCACAGAGAACUGCUUCAACCAUAUUUUCGUAGACGACAACUUUCAAUGCGAGCAACGCUUCAACUUGAAGCUUGAAGAUUUCCUUUCCAAGAAAAGGAAAUACACAAGAACCAGAAACGAAAAAGGAGACAACUCCAACUCCUUCGAGUAGAG